AUGUGGGACUUAUUAGUGUUGACUGCUGGAAAUGAGUCGCAAAAACGAGACUUCGAAAUCCUUCUUGCCGAAUCGGAUGUGUUACGGUAUUGUAGGGAGGUAGCAGUCAUUGCAGAUUAUCCUCACGAAGUCAAAAUAGGAUCUGGAGGAGCUACGAUGAACGUUCUACACACAUUAGGAGACGGAGUGGUUGAGAAGCACAUUCUGUUGAUUCAUUCGGGUGGUCUUUCUCAACGGAUGCCUCAUCUCUCUGCAUUAGGAAAGAUAUUCGCAACUUUGCCGGACGGUAGUUCUAUUCUUGAGAAGAAACUGAACACAUACAAACUGCUCCCGACCCUGCUUCCGCCUGGUUUGCUGAUAUGUGCGUCAGACGUGGUCGAGGACGUAUCAGCGUUCAAAGAAUGCAAUCCAGAAUCUCAGAUGAUCGCUUUUGCAACAGAAUCUAGUCUAGAGAUUGCCGUUGAUCAUGGUGUGUUUGUGUUGGACUCAAAUGGAAACCUAAAAUCAGUCCUACAAAAACCAUCGCUGAAGCUGCUCAAAGACGCUGCAGCUGUUCUUCCAUCUGGAAACGCAUUAACAGAUUGCUUUUACUGGAUAUCUUGGACUGUUUGUGAACAGCUAGGAUCGUUGUGGCGAGACAGUGGCCCAUGCACAGUGGAGACAUGUUGCUACGGAGAUUUUAUGCGUCCUCUUGGAUAUGCGCCAUUGUUGGACUAUAUCGAACAAGGUCCUGCCGAAUUAUCCAUGUGGCGCAAGUCUUUUGCCGAAAUAUUCUCAAAAAUUUCCCCACAAGUAGUGAAUCUUGGUGUGGACUCAUUUUUUCAUAUGGGAACUCCGAGAGAGCUCAAACAGCACUGCCGUCGAAACUCAGUUUUCCACCGGAAGUUCUUGAGCUCGUUUUCUGAAGCUGUUCACUGCUCACUCACGAAUUGCUCGGCUUUAAAACUGCUGCAAUCCUACCUCACGCCUCAACGCGGCGCAGCGGUGGCCCUGGCCUUCGGGCAGCUAUGGUGGCGAGACUUUGCCUCGGCAGGUUAUCGCGUCAUACUGCUAAUGUCUACUAUGUGUUUUUCAGAAGCUAGGGCGUCCCCCAGAAGCGACGCGCAUUGCCCUCGCCCGGGCAAUGUGGCAAAUAUGCGAGGGCUACCGGCUAGAAGACGGAGCCGGCCAAAGAAGUUGGUCCGUCAUCGCCAACAACAUCCAGUGCGCUUGGCAGCACUUAACGUUGGGACGCUUACUCAAAGAAGUCGUGAACUGGCAAACACUCUCAGAAAACGCCGUGUUGACAUAUGCUGUGUACAGGAAACUCGCUGGAAAAGCUCCAAGUCAAAGGAAUUAGGCGAUGGCUACAAGCUCAUCUACCACGGCACAUCAAAUCGCAAUGGCAUUGGUAUCAUAUUGAACGAAACGUUUAGAAACAGCGCCACAGUGGAUCGACUAUCGGAACGCCUGAUGGCUGUAAAAGUGGACACGGCAGAAGGGGAAUUGCAAGUCGUCUCUGCUUAUGCUCCACAGGUGGGCUGUAGUGAAGAAGAGAAGGCGUGCUUUUGGGAAAAUCUGCAGCAGUACGUCCAAUCCCUGGAAGGCGAAGAAGUACUUCUAAUCGGAGGAGACUUCAACGGACAUGUCGGUUCUCGGAAAGACGGGUUUAAGAGUUGCCAUGGUGGAUAUGGUUAUGGAGGUCGUAACGACCACGGGUUGCGAAUCUUGGAGUAUGCUGCUGCAAGUGACGUGAUCAUUGCUAACACGCAGUAUCGGAAAAGAAAAUCGCAUUUGAUCACGUACACCAGCGGAUUCAAAAGUCAUCCCUACAGACCAUGUCGCUGCCCAAUACCAUUUGCUAAUCACGGACUUGAAAAUCUCUUGUCCAAGGAAAAGACAUUCAAGGAUAGAGACACAGCGCAUCAAAUGGUGGAAUCUGAAGGAUCGAAAGGAGGCGAAGUAGGACCGCUACAAGGCUGUGACAUGCGCGACACCAGAGAAGGCGAGCGGGCAGUGUAUCGUUUAGUAAGAGCGCGUCAUCGCUCAACGUUGGAUAUGGAGCACACCAAGAUCGUUAAGGGAGCUGAUGGAGCCGUUCUGCGUCGCUCUGAGUUCAGUCAUCCUCCCAUUCGAACUGUUCCCAGCGUCGAUGGUCCUGCUCUACCAAUUACUGCCGUCGAAGUCAGUGCUGCCCUCGCAAAAAUGAAGUCGAACAAGGCAACCGGUCCUGAUGACAUACCUGCUGAUGCCUACACGACUGCUGUACCAUACGAUGAAGGUUUUGAGCGUUUCCUGGAAGCUCGUCUGAGGAAAGUUGUCAGCGUUUCACUUAACCAAUGCGGCUUUGUGAAGGACUGCAGCACUAUAGAUGCUAUCCAUGCCAUCCGUAUCUUCCUGGAGAAACAUCGAAAGAAGAACCGCAGUGUGCAUCUUGCUUUUCUCGAUCUCGAGAAAGCUUUCGACCGUGUCCCACAUGAACUCUUAUGGAUGUCCAUGAAGUCGCAUAGAGUACCAGAAGAAUAUGUGCGGUGGACGAAGCUGCUUUAUGCGAAGCCUACCAGCGUUGUGCGAUGUGCUGCUGGAACAAGCAGGCCAUUCCCUGUACAAGUAGGGGUUCAUCAGGGUUCAUCCCUCUCACCCCUGCUGGUCAUAUUGUGCAUGGACACGAUAACGGAGGAGAUCCAGAAGCAGAAUCCGUGGACCCUACUCUUUGCCUCUUUGCCGACGAAUGGAUAG